AUGAGAUUCGCUUUAAAUUUUUUUAAAUUUUCCACUCAUAAAUUAAAACCUGCAAAGCUUCAUGAAUAUCAUAUUCCUGCUUUCAAAAAUGCUGAUGUCAAAUUUAAUGCCUUAUGGCUUCAUGGUAUAUUUGACAACUCAAAAAAUUUUCUUUAAAUAGCUUAGCAUGAAAAGCUAAGAAAAAAUACUCAUUCUACUUUGCUUGAUCUACGUAACCAUGGACUUUCUCAGCAUUUAGAAUCUAUAAGUUUUGAAGAAAUGGCAUAUGAUUUGGUUCACUAUAUUGCUUAGAAAGAUUUGAAGGACUUAAUUUUGCUGGGACACAGUUUUGGUGGUCGUACUAUAAUGGCAGCUUUAAAUGACUAUUAACAAUUUUUAGCUGAAAGAGUAAAAGGAGUUAUAAUAAUUGAUAUUCAACCGAGCUCUUAUGCUUAUAAUGGUGCCGGACCUGUUGAAUAAAUGUACCGUUUUAUGUCAGAGAUGAAAUCCAUUAAUAUUCAUGGAAAAACCUUAGAUGAAGUUAGAGAACUAAUUCAAUCAAAAUUUGACCAAGUACCUGUAUAAAAAACUAUGCUAAAUAAUAUAAAUGUGUUGCCUAAUGGAUAGUUAAAGUGGUGCCUAAAUUUUAAUGCUAUAGACAGAUGCUUUAAUAAUUUAAUAUCACAUGAAACUAAGAACUGCUAUUGGAAAGGACCUAGAAAAAUACUUAUAGGUGGUAAAUCUAAAUUUACAAGCUUAUAAAGAGUUUAAGAAGACUAUCCAUCUGUGUUUUAUGACUUCAAUCUAUCAAGAGAUGUUUCUAUAUUCUGGGAUUAAGCUCAUUUUCUUUAUGCAAGAGAUCCAGAGAGAUUUGUCAAAGAAGUUGCUUUUUUCAUGGAAAGUCUAAAAGAAGAAUAAAAUAAUAAAGAGUAAUAAAUAGAUAUGGUGAAUUACAAUAAUGAUAGACUAUCACUUGAAAUUUGA